AUGAUAUAUGAUAAUGGUGAUAGGGAACAGGUAGUAGUAGAUGCAGAAGGAAAGAAGGUAUUAGAAAUAGUGAUGAGGGUAGUACUAGCAAAAAUGAACUCCCUCUUCAUCUUCGCCUCCGUGCUCGCCCUGGCUGUUGCCGGACCUGCUCACCGUGGCCUGGUUGCCCCUGGACCCGCUGGACCCGUCAUGGCCCCCGAAUUCGAGCCCGUCGCUAUCGGACCCAGCGUCAUUGAGAACAACCCUAUCUCCGUUGGACCCGCCUUGGUUGAAUCCCAACCUAUUGCCGUUGGACCCGCUAUCAUCGAGACCGCUCCCAUCUCCGUCGGACCCGCCAUCAUUGACGCUUUCGAGCCCAUCGCUGUCGGACCCGCCAUCGUCGAAGGUUUCGAGCCCGUCGCUCCCUCCCCCGUCGCUGUUGUAGAGGAGGCCGUCAACCACCCCGCUGCUCCCGCCCUCGUCCAGAUCAUCUUGAACAUCAACGGUGUCAGCCACGUCAUCGACACUCCCCUUGAGAUUCCCGUCGCCACCCCCGUGCAGGUUGUAGACAGCGCCCCCGUCGCCCCUGCUCCCGUGCAGGUUGUGGAGGUCGCCCCCGUCCCCGUUGAGCCCGUGCAGGUCGUCGAGGCCGCCCCUGAACCCGUCCAGGUCAUCGAGGCUGCCCCCGCACCCGUCAUCAUCGGAACCCCCACCCUGCCCGUCCCCGUUGUCGUCCUUCCCGAGGAACUCAACUAA